GUUGUACUUGCAGCGGCGAUAUGCACUAAAGGCGGGAAAGCUGUGAUUUCUCGGCAGUUUCGAGAAAUGCCACGUUCUAGAAUCGAGGGUCUUCUGGCUUCAUUCCCAAAAUUGACUAGUUCCGGACACCAGCAUACUACCAUAGAGACUGAACAUGUUCGAUACGUUUAUCAGCCCCUGGAUGAACUAUACAUAGUUCUCAUCACGAAUCGCCAGUCCAACAUCUUACAAGAUAUUGACACAUUACAUUUGUUUGCACGUGUUGUGUCAGAUGUGUGCCGAUCAACAGAAGAAAGAGAGAUAUUGAGGAAUAGCUUCGAAUUGCUAAGUGCUUUCGAUGAGAUCGUAUCACUAGGUUAUCGUGAAAAUGUUAAUUUGGCACAAGUCAAAAGUAUCACAGAAAUGGAAAGUCACGAAGAAAAGAUCCAAGAGAUAAUAGCAAAGAACAAGGAACAGGAAGCUAAAGAAGAGCUCAAAAGGAGAGCGAAACAGUUGGAAAUGCAAAAAAAAGAAAUGCUCAAGAGAGGAGGGAAUCCUUUUGGCUUUGGCCAAGCUAUUAAUCGACCAUCUUCUUAUGCCGAACCUCAAGUUCAACAAACUUUUGAUGAGAACAUACGUCCAACGUUUAGUAGUAGUUCCUCAGCCCCAUCAUCUUCUAAAACUAAGGGAAUGCAAUUGGGAAAGAAACAAAAGGGAGAUGUUUUAUUUGAAGCUGUUAAAAGCGAAGAUGGUCUCGAGGAACCUAUCGAAAAAGUCAACACCAGAGGAACUUCAUCCAUUCCCAUGGAAAGUGUUCAUAUAUCAAUUACCGAAAAGAUAUCUCUCCAAGUUAACAGAGAUGGCGGCUUAGAAAAUUUGGAGGUGAAGGGUGACAUGGAACUUACUAUCUCGGAUCCAAAUAUGACUCGAAUUAAAAUUUCGGUUCGCGCCGUAGACGAUGGCACCUUGCAAUUAAAGACACAUCCAAAUGUCGAUAAGAAAUUGUUUUCUACCGACGGCAUUAUCGCUUUGAAAAAUCCAGGCAGAGGAUUCCCCGUGAAUCAGCCUUUAGUAGUUCUUAGAUGGAGAUACAUCACAAAAGACGAGACUGCAAUUCCAUUGUCAAUAAAUUGUUGGCCAUCUCCUGCUGGUGAUGGUACCAUUGAUGUUAACAUUGAGUAUGAGUUAGAAAGUGAAAACAAAGAAUUUAAGGAAGUGGUUAUUUCGAUUCCAUUACCAUCUUCCGGAAACCCAGUUGUUAGCGAUGUAGAUGGUCAUUAUGAAAUAAGCAGACAACCCAGGGCUUUGGAAUGGCAGUUGCCUAUUAUCGACUCGUCUAACAAGCAAGGAUCUCUCGAGUUCAAUAUCGCAGGGGAUGAUGUCAAUGUUUUUUUCCCUGUUAGUGUAUCAUUUAAAAGCGAAAAAUUGAUCUGUGACAUAGAAGUGUUAGAGGUGACACACGCUGAGUCUGGAACCCCCGUGACCUUUUCUAAAGAAAAGAUCUUAACAGCUGAAGAGUAUCACGUAAAUUAUUGGUCAAUGAAUUCCGGAGGACGUUAUAUAUUUGUGGUGGAUGAAAUUAUAGAGGUAUUCUUAGAAACUCCAACGUUUAACGGUAAACGGUAUUUAUCAUGA